AUGGACGUACCGGAACCAUCAUCGAUGAUAAAUCUGCGGGUAAAGAGGCGAGCGUGCCUCAGCUGCACUAGCGCCAAAGUCAAGUGCACAUCUGCGUCGUUGGCCUCAGAAUCAUGUGAAAGAUGUGAAAGAUUGGGUAAAGGAUGCGUCUAUGCAGAGCCUUCGUCUGAGGCAAAAAGAUAUCGGAGAGAAAGCUCAUCUGCUAAGAGACUCGAGGAGAAGGUGGAGCUGUUGUCCACGCAAGUAGCUGCUUUGACACAACACAUCCAUUCAACCUCAAUUCAAGGACCCCGAAGUAAUCGCCCUGCCACUGGGAUUCUUUAUUCCAGCUUUUCGUCCUCGCACGACCGAAUAAGUGGAAGUCACUUGGCGUCUUCCGAAUCCCUGUCCAGGUCCAGAGACGUUCAUAAUGAUAGCUUGACCAACAUUGUUCUACGCGAUCUAGGAGGCCUGGCAGCUGCGGAUCGUCGACUGGAGACUUUCCGGCGAGAAUUCGUCCACUACUUCCCAUUUGUGGUUGUGCCUCUCACAGUCAGCCUGGAAUCUCUUCGAUACGACAGUCCAUUCCUCUUCUUAUGUAUUAUGGCCGUCACAUCUUUUGAGGAUCCCAUACUACAGCGCAGAUUAGGACUGGAGAUCAAGAAGCAAAUUUGUGAUCGCUUGGUUAUGGGUCUUGAAGCUAGUAUGGAUCUUUUACAAGGUCUUUUGGUAUUCGUCACUUGGUAUCAAUACUUCUGUGUGCCUGGGAAGCAUCAAUACUUCCUCAUGUUACAGCUCUGUGUCAACAUGUGCCAUGAGUUGAAACUGGACUUGAAUGAGAAGGGAAAGAGAGGUCUAGAGGAGGCUCAAACUCAGGUGAAAGCGCGAAAUCCCGCAGAGAUGAGAGCUCUUCUUGGAACAUAUUAUUUGUCAUCCAUGUUAUCAAUGGUGAUGAGAAAACGGACGAUAAUGCACUACACAUCGUAUAUGGAAGAUUGUUGCACAUCUCUCUCUCGACUGAGGGAUGUUCCCAGCGAUCAAUUGAUCGCGCCAUUUGUGGAAACCCAGGUCCUUCAGAGGAAGAUCAGUGACGCUUUCUGUUACCACGAUAUAUCUACCUGCGACAUAAGAGGGGAGCGCGCACUCCAGAUCACUGUCGAUUCUUUCGCCCGUGAAAUUGAUGGACUUAAAAAGGGCAUUGGCUCAACAAACAGAAACGCUAUUCUGGUCCAACACCUUCACUUCCUGGAAGUCUGGAUUCGUGAAGUUGCGCUCUAUAGCGAGCUUUGGCAAACCCCUUUUAUGCCUACCCGACUCACUCAACCAGAGACUAGGCACUCAAUUCAGCUCUCAAUGCAGCGGACCAAUAUGCUGUGGCAACUCGUCACAGCAACUGUCUCAUUUCAGGAUUGGAGUCUGUCAGUUGAGAAUGCCGAGCUACUUCGUUUUCCAUUCUCUUGGUGGGAAGAGCAUUCUUACGUCGUCAUCGUUCAAAUCAAGACUGUUUUCCUGGACUGUGGGGCUGGUAUCACAGGAAAUGAACAGAUAACAGAAUCGCUAGAAGCUGACUUCAGGAGAGCUGCUGAAAAGGAAGUCAUAAUACCUCAUGUGCUGGAUGUGUAUAGGAGGAAAUUGGCCACAGUGACAACGCAGCUUGCUGAUGAUGACGGCCACAGGGACAUGGUGCAUAAUUAUGGGGUUUUGCUCAAAAGCAUACAAUCUGGGUACGAAAACCGAAUUGGGGCCGAGGAUAGACCUGCUCCGGGGCAAUUUGAAACGCAGCAAAAACGGUCAGCCCUUUCACAGCUGUCGCACCCGGAAGUCAGGAGUAUGGACAUACACGGAUCGAUACCGCCAGCAGUCAGCACAAAUUAUGCGGAGCUAGAACCAGGUGACCCGAACACUUCUUCUGCAAGUCAACUGGACAUGCAAUUUGAUUUGGCCGAACCUGGAUUUGACGACUUCGUGUGGGACACGAUGAUGAAUGAUUUCUCAUUCUUCACGCCCCAAAAUCUUUGAUUUCUCACCGAGGUUGGCUCACGCAGGCUUGGAAUCAUCAUCAAAGCUGUAUCGAUACACAUUGAAAGGACAUAUCAAGUGGACGGAGACGCGGCACCAGACGGGUCCUAUCA